GUCUGAGUGGUUUGUCAUUCACUAAGGAGUAACACUAUGCUCCAUAUCUGUUUUCAUCAGUUGAGUGUGGCCUCUGCGGUAGCAGGGCAGCUUUGGAAUGUUCCGGAAAUUGAGGGAAGCAUCAGAUUUUGGUUUAAAAAAAGAGCACUUUUGCCCUCACGGCCACGAUAUUCACUUUUCAAUUUUGGAUCAAAACGAUGCCGUGCUUGUGGUGGUCGGACUCAUGGGUAUGGAAUCCCAAAGUUAUUUACUUUUGUCCUGAGGAAUGCGAGAGUAAGACAAAGUCUGUCUCAAGCCCCAUAGUCUACAAUACAAAUCUGCCGACAUAUUUCUAAAAAAAACUCAGAAGGUACAUGUUUUGUAAACUGCUAGUUGAGCAGUUUUAAGACACAAAACGACAUGAAAACUACACUGAUGCGUUCGGGUCUUGUCUCUCAAACUGAAAUUAUUUGUUGGCUACCCCAUGUAGUUUUGCUCCAGGGGACAUUUGUUUGCCGUGUGGAUUCUGUGUAAAUCACUGUCUCUCUUUGUCCUCUGUGCUCGUUAGUGACUGCAGCUGCUCUGUUGUCACGGUUACACAGCUGUUCCGUAUUAGCUGAUUAGUGCAGUCUGACAGGACCUGAAGGUAUUCAGGUCUUACAGAGGACAUUUUAGAACCUCCUUUCCUUGGCCGUUUCUCAAUACCUAAGACGGCGAGAACGGACCGUUGAUACGCACCCACGACCCCCCCAGUUUCUACUUGACAUUUGUGGCCUUCCCCAUAAAUGGCAACAUUCAGGAAAAAUUAGUGGAGACUGAUCGGAUAUUGUAAAUUGUGAGGGGUCUGAGCCUUCAUCUUUAUGGAGUAAUCUUCUGCUGAACUCACAGGUGCAUUGACACACAAAAGAACCUUGAAAUACAAGUUACAUCCUGCUUGACACUAACCCAAAGCAGUAGAAAGCUGAGGACACGGCGAGUGGCAGCAGUCACCAUGAUCGAUCUGAGUUUCCUUACGGGGGAGGAGCAGGAGACCAUCCGGGCUGUGUUAAAAAGAGAUGCUGAGCUGAAGAAGGCUGAGGAGCAGCGUGUUCAGAACCUCCAGAGGACCGUGAGGGAUAAGUGCCGGCUCAGGUACAUGACCGGAGAAUGGUUCUACGAAACCAAGCAGCUACGACACCAGGAUCUCAUACAUGGCUCAGAGAUCAUCAGGGCCUCCAUAAGACACUUCCAUAAACCGCUGACCAUACUGGAGCCCUCUCAGCUGAUGCCCGAGAAGCCAUGUUCUGUCAGCAGUGAGACCAAAGAAGUGUUCGUCCCACCUGCAUGUGGAUUCCUUCAAGAGCAGCUCAGCGAUGAGAGGUAUCAAAAUAUAAAGCCAUGUGAAACCACUGAAGAUACACCUACAACAGUUUUACAUUUACCUACAAAGCAAAGACAAAACCCAUUCAACAGUGACAUAAUUGAAAGUCACAGUUGUGAAAACAAAGACAGUCAGUUAAUGGACAGAUCAGUGGAUCCAACCCCGACACAACAUGAGGAGCCUUUACCUUCAUCUGAUAGCUGCAUUUCUUAUGCUACUAACCUUAAACAAGACCCUACUGAUCAACCAAUCACCAAUCAGAAUGCAUCUACUACGAUGGCAAUGAUUGAAAAAAAAAAAGUCCCCAGUUCUCAGGACUGCUUUGUUGAGGAAGAAAGGCCAGGAGGUCAGCAGAGUAGCUCUGCUGUUCCGAGGGGCAUCCUUAAGCAUUUUUACGCUUUUAGCUCCACAGACUCGUUGUCUUGCCUGGACCUGCAGAGUGCAGUUAGCCUGAAUUCUCUCACCAACAGAUGGAUAGACAGGAAGCAGGUGAGUUUCAGCUCCACUGUCAGUCAUAGUGGAGUGGAGUGGCAAGACAGAAAAGAGCUGGGAGAGAACCGUUUGCUUGACGUUGACUCCUUGACUCCCUCUGAGGUGGAAAAUAAGUGUGAACUUGAGGAUACUGGCAGGGCCACUGUUUGCACACAUAGGCCUUUGCUCACUCCGAGUCAGGUGGAUUUACAGGAAGGUGGCGUCAAUUGCAAAACUGAGGCAAACAUCCAGGAAGUUGGUCAGGAAGCUAGUCAACAACUUGUUGAAGUCUCGAAGCACUGUAUUUCAGAGUUUCCAAGCCCUUCAGUGUCCAAACUCAUUUUGGUUGAGCAGUCAGGCAAAACGGUUCAGCUGGAGAGAGACCAUGACUCUGAGACUCACUCUACAGACUACCUGACUGGAUGCAACAUUCUUCACCAAAAGCUGCCUGAAGAAAGAACCAACGUUGCUGUUGAGAACCUUUCAAAUAUCAAGCCGUCUAAUUGUGGCUUAACGGGUACAUCUUCUACUGUUUCACCAAAGUCUAAACCAAGACUGCUUGGAAUUUUUAGAGGAGAAAAAGAGAAUACUACGGAUGUGCAGAGUCAAAAAGAAGAUGAGGUGAAGAUAGGUAUGCAGAAGGAACCAGGCAACACCCAGAAUCUUUGUCAAGGUGUGGCAAGUAGGACCACAGACAAACCUGGAAGUUUCAUACAAGACGCUAAACCCUCUGAAACAACAGAGGUAGGAACACUACAAGUUACCUCAUUUCAGAAUACACCGUUUAAAGUAACAGUGACCUCCGUAGACCCUCACCAGGAAGCAACAGAAAGUAGGGCUAUUCAACUUUCGGAGAGACUAUCCAAUCUGAAAGCUCUCUGGGAGAGAGAGAAAAGUAGUCCCAAAAUUGUAUUUACCACUGAAGAGGAAAGGCAAAAAGAUGACUCCAAGAGUGGAGUAGAAGCUCCACAUGGCUAUCAGACUAACUUUGAUUUAGCAAGCAUGAAGACAAAUAUGUCACCUCAAAAGGAAAUUAAAGUUGACACAGCUGACAAGUCACCACAGUCUGACAGCAGCUUCUUUGUAGAUUUAUUUAAAGAAGAUGGAACAUAUAGAGCUAAUCCAGUCAUCAUAUAUGAAGAGACACGUGACUCUUUAACAGGUUCAGUGAGAAACUCAAAGAUUUCUGAGCCACAGGAUAAUGUUAUCAUUCCUAUACCUUCCUGUCUAGCCCUCAACACCCAAAAUCUAGAGAGGGAUAUUCAAAUUCCCCUUCCAAGUCAAUCCAGCUCCAGUCCUCAAGGGGACAAGCCAGCCAAGAUCAGUAAGGCUAAGCAUUUCUUGGAAAAGGAAUAUAACGGACCCAUGGUUAUUGCUGUAGACUCCCGCAUUUCAAUACUCAAUAUCAAAGAUGUUUCUCAACAGUCGGAUUUGAGAACAUCCUUAGAUAUCAGAGAGGAGUCUGACGAAGAGGCAAAAGCGAUAGUCAGUUAUGGAAGCACUGGGGAUGUAAAAUCAGCAUGUCACCAAUAUCAAGUCAAAGCUGAUACUGAGUAUCAGGAAAGGCCCCUUAGUUUGAGACAAUCCCAUACUUCAAAACCAAAAAAUGACGAAAUCAGGAGGAGUCCAUCUAAGACCUGCCAUCCCAGGGUCCUGCCUAGAGAAUCCUUCAGUCCUAAGAAAUGCAAACUGGAAGGUUCCUCCUUGAGAGCCUUUUCAAUAGACAUCAACCCCCAAUCUAAGUUUGUUGAAGAGCAACAAGGGAAGCCAACAACAGUACCAAGACAGGAGAAGAGUCUGCUGACAGAGACUAAACCUGGCGUAGGCAUCACCUCUCAGCCUCUCCCUCCUCAUCCUGAGGACAGAGGGGCUUACCUUGGUAAUGUGAAUACAUAUCAAUGUAGUUCAAGCUCCUCUAAUACACCACCAUCAAAAAAGAAGAUGUUGACUCUUCAAAGCCUUGUCAGAUCUUUCAUCCCUCAGGAUAAACAGCCCUUCCUCGGGCCAAAGGUGGAGUCUGAUGUCCCUCUUCUUCACCAAGAUAGAGCUAAUAUUGCUUUACAAUCACCGCAAAGUGCGGACUUUGUUGGAAAAUACAGUGACAGUCCCAUUGAGGGGAAUCUUCACGGCAUCAGUUCUUGGAUUGUGCAAAAUAAUGAUGGAAAUGCCAGUCAAAAUACAACAGCCAAGGCCUGGUCUUUGUCCCGGAUCAGUUCAGGCAGUUAUGAUGACGGUUCGAGUCCCAUCUUGUCAGCCUUUAAACGAUUUUCUUCAAGGUGCACAUCAUCCUCCAAAAGUCUGGAAAACCUUUUCUUACAAACAACAUCUACCCUCUCAAGCUCAAAGCAGAUGAAAACAGGCAUGUCCAUGACUGUUCUUCAGCAGGAGGAGAACGACAGUGACAGCACUUUUGAGACUAAUUUGGGCUGGAGAAGAAACACGGGCAGCUCCACAUCAAACUUCAGUCUCUCCUCAGGAAUGGCUUCUGUCAGCGGCAGCAUCUGCAGCCUUUACCCUGAGGACGUUGGAGACAUUGAAGUCCAUGGAAGCAUCCACUUCGCUUUAAACUACAUUCAGAAGCUCAAAGAGUUUCACAUAUUUGUUGUGCACUGCAGGGAUCUAGCCGUGGCAGACAAUAAGAAGAACUGCUCUGAUCCGUAUGUGAAAUGUUACCUUCUCCCUGACAAGACAAAGUUGGGAAAGAGAAAAACCACAGUAAAAAAGAACACACUUAACCCCACCUAUAACGAACUCCUAAAGUUUAAAAUCGUAUUGGAAGUAUUCAAAACCCAGUCUUUGAACAUCUCCGUGUGGCACAGCAACACUUUUGGGCGGAACAGUUUCCUGGGUGAGGUGGAUCUUGAUAUGUCAGAGUGGGAUUUCAACAACACACAUAUAAAUGAAUAUGCACUAAAGAACAAGGUCUCAGGACAAAGUACAAGAGCGUCUCCCGCACAUCUGAUGGACAGUAGAGGACAGAUGAGAGUUGCCUUAAGAUACCUGCCACAGAUGUCCCACAGUAAGAGAACAUCAAGGAUGGAGACUGGUGAGGUGCAAAUUUGGGUUAAAGAUUGCAAGAAUCUUCCUCCAGUCAGAGGAAUUGUUACGGACCCAUUUGUGAAAUGCACCAUACUUCCUGACACAAGCAAGAAAAGUAGACAGAAAACGCGAGUGGUGAAGAGGGCGGCCAACCCGAUGUUCAAUCACACCAUGGUGUACGAUGGCGUCCGAUUGGAGCACCUCAAAGAGGCUUGUGUGGAGAUGACGGUGUGGGAUCAUGACCGACUAAACAACCACUACAUUGGCGGCCUGAGACUUGGUUUAGGAACAGGAAAGAGUUACGGGGUGGAAGUUGUUUGGAUGGAUUCAACGACAGAUGAAGCAAAUUUAUGGCAGAGGAUGUUACAUUCUGAUGGUGAAUGGGUGGAGGAUGAUUUACCACUGAGAAUGUUGGUAAUGGUAAAAAAGUGAAAUUGUGUUGAAUUGUGUGUGGAAACUUUCGGAGAACACAGCAUACACAUUUGGAUCGAUCUACUAUGAUAACUAUGGUCUAGCGGAAGCAAUGGACUUAGUGAGCAAUGUGUAUGAAAGAUGCAUGAAAAGUAAAUAUAUACUUUAAUUUGUUUAGCCCAAACCACAUGUUAAAAGUGUUUAUUUGAAAGGAGUUGAUUAUUUAUAAUAAAAAUGUAAGUUAUAAAACAUUGUUUUGAUCUGAGCACUAUUGAGUGGUAGCACAAAUUGUAUACACUCCUGUUUGAGCUACACUAUCUUCAAUAAACAGUUAAUUAAUGCGAUAUGUAAAGGUUGUUAUACAAA